CAUCAAGUAAAGUUUGCACAGAAUCUAAACAAAAUCAAUUUUGCGCAAAAUGCUAAUUUUUUAAACCAUUUUUUAAAAAUAUUUUACUAGUUAUUAAAAUUGAAUUCUUCAGAAAAAUGGCGUUUGUUUUUUCUUCCUUGAAAGUUCUUCCAGUAGUGCGUUCCUCUGGCGUGAGAUUCUUCAGUGCAACUGCAUCCAGAAUGGAUAAUGUGGAAACAACCCUGAACCCUACAGGAUAUUCUGUAAUCAGCAUGAACAAAGGACCUGCAAAUUCCUUAAACAUGGAAUUUAUUCAAGAAUUAACACAGAGUGUACGGAAAGCUGAGGGUGAGAGUAAAGGAAUAUUAUUGACCAGCUCGCUACCAACAAUAUUCUGCGCUGGACUUGAGAUCACAGAGAUGUAUAAACCUGACAUGGUUCGGUUACGUGAGUUCUGGAGUUCUCUCCAGGAUCUGUAUUUAGCUCUGUAUGGGUGCAGAGUACCAACUGUAGCAGCUAUUAACGGUCACAGUCCAGCUGGUGGUUGUCUACUGGGUAUGUGCUGUGACUACCGGAUUAUGGUCGGACCUAAGUACUCUAUUGGAUUAAAUGAAACUCAGCUAGGAAUAGUUGCUCCAUACUGGUUCAAGGAUACUAUGGUUCAAACUAUUGGAUCUCGACAAGCCGAACUAUCUCUCACCCUUGGCCUUAUGUACACAACAGAACAAGCUCUAAGUUUGGGUUUGGUAGACAAGAUGGUCUCUGACAAGGAUGAAGCUCUGGUAGAAGCGGAGAAAAUGCUAAUCGCUCUCAUGAGAGUUCCCUCUGAAGCCAGACAUGUUUCCAAGAUGUCGAUCAGAAAAGAUAUUUAUGACAGGUUAAGUGCUGGGAAGCAGGAAGAUAUUGAUUACUUUGCAAACUUUAUUGUUCAAUCUGUAAUUCAGAAACCUUUGGGUCAAUACUUGGACGCUUUGAAGAACAAGAAGAAGAAGAAGUCUGUCUAAUCCUCUACUCUGCUGAUACAGAAUAACUGCCAGAUUUUAUAAAUAUUUAUACAUUUAUAAUAGUACAUAGAUUGAAAGUAUUAGUCACUAGGCUUUUAGGGCGCUUCCCAUCUUCUAUUUCGAUUGUGAACAUGUUCUCUUUAAAUACGCUGUAAAACAAAAGCAAACAAAAUUUCGUGUAUUUUCAAAAUUUUCAAAAUUUUUGUUUUGUUAG